CUAGCGAGUGAUAGCGGCGCUCCUUGGGUGCUGUGGCUCACGCUUUGGUACUACAGGCCGAGACUCUUUUGGCGACGGCGACCUCUGCGGCGACGGCUCAGGUUCUCGGAGGAGUAGCAGAGUACGGUCUGGAGGAGGGGCUUCUGGUCAGCCCAGGUUCUAUCAUAAUGAAUGGAUCCAGUGUGGCGAAUACUUCACCCAAUAUAAAAUCCAAAGAGGACCAGGGGUUAAAUGGGCAUGAUGAGAAGGAAAACCCAUUUGCAGAGUACAUGUGGAUGGAGAAUGAAGAGGAUUUCAACAGACAGGUGGAAGAGGAGCUGCAGGAGCAAGAAUUCUUGGACCGCUGCUUCCAGGAGAUGCUGGAUGAGGAAGACCAGGACUGGUUUAUUCCAUCGCGAGACCUGCCUCAGGCCAUGGGACAGUUGCAACAACAGUUAAAUGGACUGUCAGUCAGUGAUGGUCAUGAUUCUGAAGAUAUUUUGAGCAAAAGUAACCUGAACCCGGAUGCCAAGGAAUUUAUUCCAGGAGUGAAGUACUGAGCUGACAGAAAGCUUUGAGGAGAACUUGUACGUCCCCACAUCUGGGGACAGCGCUGCACAAAAAGGCGGAGCUGAAGAGGGGGGCGGGACGGGCAAGGGGUGCACAGCGGGGAAAGGGGACAGUGGUUUAACUCGACACUGUGAUUGGAGUAACUAAUGUGCUCAGUCUUUCUCUACAAGCCUCUGAGUAUUUCUCUUUUGUUCUACUGACUUUCAUUUGGAGCAAUUUCCUAUUAUUAUUAGCUUUUUGAUUUAGGGAAAUUGCAAUUCCCGCCCCCCCCCCCUUCAUCAGGAAUGUUCUGCUGUAUGUGUUUAAACAAAAUAAGCUGACCAAGAAAAUCUGGGUGUUUAAGAAUGCCCUUCCCGCUCUGCUGUAUACUUACCAAGGUCAAUGAACACCUGGAGCACUACUUACUCAGUCUGUUAAGCUGGAUGGGAAGAGGAACCAGUGGAAGAAGCAGGUGUUGUAAACCAGAAUGCACAGCUCCCUGAUCCCUGGGAGUUUCCUGUGAUGAGCUGGGAUUACCAGUGGCCUGCUGAGCCCAUAUCUCCCCGCCUGAACCCCAUUCAAGAAAACACAGGCUUAAAGUACUGGAAACCAAUAGAAGCAACUUUCAUCAACCAUCUGGUUGAUGAAAGUUGUAAAGCAGAAGGAGAGGACUGGGAUGGUGAUUGUCACCUGAGUCGUUCAGUUCCUGUUGGCCUACUCUUAAGCCUCUGUUUACAGCUACCAUCAGACUCAAAAUUUACAAGGUAAAAGAGCACUAGAGUGGAUUUGCCAUUUCGUCUCAUGGUGUCUAGUCCCCUGUCUCCUCUCCAUCCCAACCCUACUCUGUUUUUGAGAAAAGAUAUUGUUACCAAAGGUGAAUGAGAGGCAUGCGGUGCUGGCCAUCAGCGUCAGCCUGGAGAAGUCAUCCUUGAAUCCUCUUAGUUAUGUCUUAAACUUAUUUUGACAGUUUUUUUCCAGCCCAUGAGGACUUGGUCCACCUGGUACCUUACUUUCCUUAGAAAGGUUUGUGCGCUUUCACAAGUCAAUGUAAUUUUCAGGACACCAGCAAGAAGCUCAGUUCACAAUUUGGAUGCUACCUCCCACCUUACAGAAUUAUACAGAAGAACUCCAAAAAAGCCUAGGAGAGCGAGUCCCAUUUGACCCUGGGACUGUGUGACCCACCAGGACAGUUUUGGCAGUUAUAACAUUUUGCCGUUCCCACAUACCCAGGUUUUUGAGUUUUCUAGGUUGGACUUUCUGGGUAUGUUCCUUUCCUGUCCACAAGUCACAGGGGUUUUUGUUGUUGUUGUUGAUACUCAUAAGGAACUAAACUUGGCCCAGGAGCUGUCUUUGUGUGCUAGAGAAGUCGGUGGGUGAGUCAGGUCUAAAAGAGAGCAUGUCCAGUCCUGGCCGUUCUCCCAGGACGGGCAAGGACUUGCAGGGGCCUGAGGAGGACAGUGGCUUCUGUAUGACUGCCACUGUCUCGUGUGAUAGGCCUAUCAGGAAAAGAUCAUGUAACUUGAAAUAAAGUCUGUGUAAAUUCAGUAUGUGGAUGUGGGACAGAGGUUGGAAGGAAAGGACUAGGGUUUGGAAAAUUUAAGAAUUUCUCCUUUUUCUUAUGAGGUCCCUUGUUGACUUUUUGAACAGCCACAGGUUUAUGUCAGAUUGAAUAUAUGAACCCACAUCUUUUCCUUGUUUGAGUCUUUAGGAUGGCAUCAUUUGAAAAAUGCCCUUUCUUGUUAGGUCACAUGUCAUAGGAGAGUAGUUUAGGGAGCUCGUAUUGUCAGAUGUGCUCUUGAAUUCCCAAAGUCUCUACCUCGAGAGAAUGGAACUCUUAACUCGUUUUCAGGGAGGGCUACAAAUAAAGAAAUGUCUCAAUUCCAGCUUCAGCUUUCAGCUGGAAUUGUUGCCUCUAAUAAGGAGAGGACCUAGGAAGUGCAGAAAUAGAGGUCUCUUUCUUCCAGGGCUGCUUUUCCUCCUUCAAUCUGCAUUAACUUGUCCAAGCUCAGAAUUCUGCAGGCUGCUGGAAACGUGUUGGGAUUGCAGAAAGAGCCAUUGUCUAGACUGCGGUGUCUCCAUCACAAAGAGCACCAUGGAUUCUUGUGUGGCUCCUGGUCUGGGAAGUCCUACAGGGAUCCAGAUCGAGCCGUUUCUUCAUCCUGAAGCAGGCCUUCCCUUCUGACACCAGGAUAGGCUAAGGUAUUAGGUGUAGUUCAAAGCGCUUGUUUUCCCAUCUGCUGUGGGGUUUCAUCUAGGAUGUCAGCGGGGUUGCACAAGGCGUAUUUGGUCAGGACUAAGGAAGCUUCCUUCCAGCCAAGCAGUGGAACCUGAGGGCUGGCCGUUCCAGUCCCACUCAGACACAGUGCACUGACUCAGGAUCAGGAAGCAGCUAGCAGUGUGACCCCCUACUCAAUGUGUAGGUUUGUGCUUCCAGAGGUUCCUCUUGCAGCGUGACCUUUUUCUCCAUCUAUUUUAUGUUGUGAGGUGGGAGCACAAUUGUCACGCAGACCACAGGCGCAGCUAUAGUCGGAGUUUGCCAACUCCUUAACAGGAAAUGCAUGUGGGUCUUAUUGGAUCUUCACUGGGGAAAGGCUGGGAACCUCUAUCUCAGACUGUUUCUCAUAGGAGAGGUUCUGGGUGCAAGCCAAACUAGACACCUUUACCUUUUAAGGAUGAGGCUGGUAUUAUAAGUGAUGAUUUUGAUAUUGAAUUUAAGCCCCUACUCCAAGUUUUUUUAAUUGGCAACUAGAAGUUUAAGUAUAGCAACAGAAUGUGUAUUUUCAACAAUUGCCAAUUCUGGCUGGUCCCAGUGUUAGUUUAUUAGUGACUGAUUUUGUGAUUAUUGGACCCUAAAACUCCAAAAUGAAAAUGAUUUUAUCUCUUGCUCUUCAAGGGGUAAAAAACAAAAGAAAUGCCUUUUAUUUUCUCCUGCCCUUUGAACUGCAGCAGAAAACUUGAUAGAUACAGCCUAGGCCUGGGCACCUGCACCUUUGGGUCUUUGGAGCAGUUUCUGAUUGCAGCAGUUGACUUUUGGGGAUCACAUAAGGUCAAACCCAAAAAGAUUGCAAGGAAAAGGCUGGACCUUUGCAGCACCUUUAGUUUCCGAAGUCAAAACAGCUGGGGUCCCUUUAAUUAAGGUUACAAUGCUAAUUAUAACUUUAAAAUGUUUUUAGAGGUAAUCAGCAUUUUUCAAAUUGUGUAUUGCUAGAAUGUCAAAGUUCUGUCUUGAUUUUGAAGAUGCUGGGAAGUAAGGAGGUGAGUCAAACACUCUGACUUCAGAGUAGAAAUUAAUAUAUGUCGGGAAAGUUGUGUGAAGAAGUAGCCAAAGGAAACAGCUUGACUGAAUCUUCUUGCGUUGGUGCUGCUGCAAAGCCCAUGUAUAAACAUCAGGAGCCCAGGAAUCUACACUCCUGAGAUGGGAGGGGGCAAGUGUUCAAUAAGGGGCCCGACAUCACGGGUUAAUAAUGUUGCUUGGUUAGGUUAUGUUGAUGUAAGGCUGCAGGCAGAGACCUGACAAAUUUGACCAGGAUUUGGAGACGUGCACCUUUUGGGAAAGACUGUGUAUUCCUAGCAACUCUCCUCCAGGAUAAAUGUAGACCUCAUUAGUUUGGGAAGUUGAUGGAGAGAACAGGAUUGACUGGGAUCUGGUGAGCAUCAGGAACCUUGGUCUCCUCCUACCUCUUCCCACGGUUACCCAUGUGAAUCGUUUCCCCUCUCAGAGAUCAUUAGUUCUCCUGGUCCCUGUGUAGUACGCGGAGUACUUUUCUGCAGCCAGUGCUCUGCUGCCUUGUGAAUUUCAUCACAAUUUUGUAAGGUUUUUUUUUUUUUCCCUUUGUUUUUAAUCUUCUGUCUUUAUUUCUCCCAUCUCGAAUCUGCAAUUAGUGACAAAGGACAGGGGAAUAGGAGGCUGACCUAAGGAAACACUUAAGUUUCCUGCUUGUUACUUGGCCUCUGCCCUCACUGCCCAGCCCCCCACUGCUGUCCCCAGUCGAGAUUUUAGGGGGGGUGGUCAUACAAAUAGGACAGCUGAGUACACUGAUCUCUAUGGGGCGUUAGCCAAGUGAUUCACCACCCUACCCCCUGGGGACAGAAGAGAAAUCUACAAAGGGACAGAUGCACCAUCUUUAUUUUAAAAGAAAAAGCCCCUUUAGAUUUUGUUACUAGGAGUCUCAUUUGUGAGGUCUGCUGAGUUUUCUUCCCCAAUCCUACCUUCUUACUGGCUACCUUUUAAUAUUAUAAAUAGUAAAGAAACAUUCUAGGCUAUGUACUAUCAAAGAGUACAAUGUUUUCACUCUGUAACUCAGCACUAACUGAUAAUCCUGUCCUGUUGAUUGUGAGCCUUCAGAAAUGUUUAAUGCUUGACGGGUGGUUUGCGAGACAGGGACUUUUUUUUAAAACAACUUUAUUGAGGCAUAUUUUACAUAACAUAAAAUUCACCCAUUUCAAGUGUACAAUUCAGUGAUUUUAGUAACUUUCCUGAGUGGCACAGCCAUACAGUUCUCAGUUUUAGAACAUUUUCAUCCCCCUCAAUAAGAUCCUUCAUGCCUAUUUACAUGAUAAUACCUGUUCCUAGCUCUAGGGAAUCGCUAAUCUUUCUGUCGCUAUAAAUUUGCCUUUUCUGGACAUCAUCUCAAUGAAAUCACACAAAAUGUGGUCUCUUGUAUCUGGCUUUUUUCACUUACGUAUUUUCGAGGUUCACCCAUGACAUAACUUGUGUUAGUACUUUGUUCCUUUUUUAUUGCUAAAUAAUAUUCCAUCGAUGGAUACAUGUUUCGUCACCAGGCGGUCUUUUAAACUUGCAUUUCAACCUCCUGUGGUCUAGAUGGAACCCUGAGAACAUAGGGCUCCUGGCGGGGCGGCUGCGCAUGUCAAAGGGACUGCCUAUCAGAACCAGCUUCGUCAUCAAGCUCCGAGAGGAUCCUGACCUGCUGUAGAAACUUUUAUAAUUUUGCAACUUCCUUUUUACAUGAAACUUCUGUGCUAUCUACACAUCGGGCUUCUGAAGCAUCUGAUAAUUAGCUUAAUAAGUUAAUGAGCAUGUGUUUGAGUGGACAAGAAAGUGAAACCAUCAAUACUGUGUUGAAUAUUUUUUCCUCCCCGACAAAAUGGAGGAAUCUCUGAACUUGCUCAAUAGCGUCGUCUCCAUUACAAAGCGGAACAUGUGUUAAAGAUCGUGCUGCCUUUGUUAGACCCAUUUGGAAGGAAAGAGGCCAGCCAGCAGAAGCGGUCAGGAGGAGAAAGGGAGUGGACUUUGCGGUACAUCCCAGCGGGUCU